AUGGGUAAGCCUAUGGGACUGCACACAGCUCGUAAGCUGAAGGAUCAUCGUCGUGAGCAGAGAUGGCACGACAAGGAUUACAAGAAGGCUCACUUGGGCACCAGGUGGAAGGCUAACCCCUUUCAGGGAUCUUCCCACGCUAAAGGCAUUGUUUUGGAAAAAGUUGGUGUUGAGGCCAAACAGCCCAAUUCUGCUAUCCGAAAAUGUGUGAGGGUACAGCUAAUCAAGAACGGCAAAAAGAUCACCGCAUUCGUUCCCAACGACGGCUGUUUGAAUUUCAUUGAAGAAAACGACGAAGUUCUGGUGGCUGGUUUUGGUCGUAAAGGUCAUGCCGUCGGUGACAUUCCUGGUGUCCGCUUCAAGAUUGUCAAGGUCGCUAACGUAUCUCUACUGGCCUUGUUCAAGGGAAAGAAGGAGCGUCCUAGAUCUUAA